AUGUGGAGUUCUUUUCCAGUGACCCACCCCCACCCAUUGAGCCUUGGGAGUCUCCCUUGGAGCGAAAAGCCCGGCGACACCGGGAGAAGGUUCAGGAGCACAAGGACGCUCAGAAGAAGAUUAUUGAUGCCUAUGAUCCCCACAAGGACCCAAAUGCAAGCGGCGAUCCCUUCAAGACGCUGUUUGUUGGUCGCAUCAGCUAUGACACAACUGAGAAGAAAUUGA